AGAUUGCCUUGUGCCGAUGAAGAACUCAAUACGAAUACGACAACAUUUUUUCGACAGGCUCUGUACUUCAUUCUACCCUUCGCCAAAACCGCAGCCUCUGCGCCGCUCAUUCUAUACUGCGUCAUCGUAUUCUUAUUCAGAUUUCUUCAAGACAUGUCAAGAACUGAAGGCGAACGUAUCGCAACGCCGAGGGGGACAUUGCGGACUCCGACUUCUUAGGCCCGCAGUGCGGAAUUUAUUUGGCGAGCAUUGCACGUUGCGCGUGAAGAACACUUGCCUGCGGAUAGUCAGAUCGCUUUUUGCGAGGAUUCGGUACGGCAUGAACGGCAGCUCGCCGAUGAAGUUUGUGCCGAUGUGGCACAAGGUGGGAAAAUUGCCGCCCAGUCCUCCUGGCGCGUCCUCCAGUUCGGCACCGCGCCUCCGCGUGGUGUCCUGGAACGUCUUGGCCGAUGGAGACACGGGUGCAUUGUCUUGCAAACACGACUACUGCCCCCUGGACCUUCGCAUCUGGAAAACGGGCGGAGAACAACUACAAGGUUCUUCAAAGAGCGCAUCCACCAAGAAAGCAGAUCAUGGUACUGUACCAACGACGUCAGAGGAGACAGAAGACAAAACCACUACGGCGAAAGGUGCUGCGAUCCUGGGGUCCACAUCUACUAGUGGGCCCUCGCGGCUGCUGCGGACGGUCGACCGUAUACGUGAACUGAACGCAGACAUUCUUUGCUUACAGGAAUGUCCGCGCGACUUUUUUGAUGACUUCGAGACUGCGCUGGCAGAGGAAUACAAGGGAUACCACGUCGGCGACUGCUUGCCCAAGGAUCUCAGAUGGGCCGUCGGGCGUCCGCAAAAUCUAGACAAUGCCAUUUUUAUCCGCAGUGCAAUCAUGGUCGAUAGUACUUCUAAAUCAGCGGACGCCAAAAGAAAAAGCACCGACCUUCGAAUUCAAGUCGAAGCGGUGAAGGGGACCCUGUUUCGCGAGCGCUUGAAAAUUCAGAUGGACCACGACAAGAAUAGCAAAAAGGGUGGACCUCUGCUGACCGGUGUGGUGUCCGGAAAAACGAAGAAGCGAAUCCAGACACUAGAAGAGUCGUGCAUGUGGAUGCGCCUGGUGGUAAACGACAAGUUUUACCUGGUACUCGGCAACACGCACCUCUUCUGGGACCCUCGCUACCCCCAGGUCAAGGCGUACCAAGCCGAGACUUUUGUGAAUCUGUGUGCGGCAGACGCGGAAGCGUGGGUGCAGGAAAGAACGCAAGUAAAAAGCGGAAACGAAAUAAGUGGACCCGCCGGUGAAAAGGACGAAAAAGUCUGCUUCAUCUUUUGUGGCGACUGGAACACGAUUCCCAAUUUUCAGGCCGAGUUUUGCGCCGAGGACGAAGUCGCCAAACUCCGCUCCGAUAAAUCGACGCUGGCUAAGCUCUACGUGACAGACGCACGAAAACCAUUUUCCACCGAGGUGCCGCUUCCAGUUGGGAAAAGUGACGAAGACGAGAGGCAUGUGGGAAACGAACUCUCUAUCGAGAAAACAGCACAAGCUUUCACGCCACCAAAGCGACCACAAAAGCUACAUGAUUCACAGCCAGAGCGAUCUGGAACUACCGAGACGAAAGCCACGGAAGCCUCCCCCGAAAAGACGCAGCUUCAGACAAAAGAGGACCUCCCCGAGCUGGAGAGCGUGGAGAAUUUGACUGCGCACAUUUUUAGUGGGGCUUUCCAGUUACUGGCAACGGGAAGUUUGCCGCCCUUUCAUCCGGAACACCCGGACUCGUUCGGAAAACCGCCGGCGCAAGAAAACUGCAAAAAGCCGCAGCCGGUUCUCGGGGAGAUGCGAACCCAGCUGGGCGCCCUGCACAACGCCUACUGCGGACGCUCGUUUUUUCCAACUCUCACGACUAAGGUCUCCGGAUUCGAAGGUUGCCUCGACUACGUUUUCUACACCACACGGGCCUACCACGUUCCAGCAGCAGAGGCAGAUGCUAGUGUUAGCGACGAUGUUGGCGAACUAGCUGCAAAGAAAUCUAGAAGAAUAGGAGCGCCACUAUUGUUCAAAGAAGCCCUUUUAGACGUCCCCCAGUCAGAGGAACUGAUUCCCAACGCAAAGCACACCUCAGACCACUACCCGCUCGGAGUCAUUUUUCGUUUCUUGGAAGCGAAUGCUGCUCAAGACUCGUGAAAAAAGCUAUAGUUUCUUGAAAAAUAAGGCCGCUAGCGGGCGGCGAAUUUGUGUCCUAU